GGCGGCCGGGGCGCAGAGAAGGGCCAGACUGGGCGACCGCACGGCCAUGGCCCCGUGGCUGCAGCUCUGCUCUGUCUUCUUCACUGUCAACGCCUGCCUCAACGGCUCGCAGCUGGCCGUGGCCGCGGGCGGCUCGGGCCGCGCGAGGGGCGCCGACACCUGUGGCUGGAGGGGUGUGGGGCCCACCAGCAGAAACAGCGGACUGCACAACAUCACCUUCAGAUACGACAACUGUACCACCUACUUGAAUCCAGUGGCAAAGCACGUGAUAGCUGAUGCCCAGAACAUCACGAUCAGCCAGUACGCUUGUCAUGACCAAGUGGCAGUCACCAUUCUUUGGUCCCCAGGGGCCCUCGGCAUCGAAUUCCUAAAAGGAUUUCGAGUAAUACUGGAGGAGCUGAAAUCGGAGGGAAGACAGUGCCAACAACUGAUUCUGAAAGACCCGAAGCAGCUCAACAGUAGCUUCAAAAGAACUGGAAUGGAAUCUCAACCUUUUCUGAAUAUGAAAUUUGAAACGGAUUACUUUGUAAAGAUUGUCCCUUUCCCUUCCAUUAAAAAUGAAAGUAAUUACCACCCUUUCUUCUUCAGAACACGGGCCUGUGACCUAUUGUUACAACCUGACAACCUGGCCUGUAAACCCUUCUGGAAACCUCGGAACCUGAACAUCACCCAGCAUGGUUCGGACAUGCAGGUGGCCUUCGAACAUGCACCAUACAACUUUGGCUUCCGUUUCUUCUAUCUGCAUUACAAGCUCAAGCAUGAAGGACCCUUCAAGCGAAAGACUUGUAAGCAGGAGCAAAAUACAGAGACAAUGAGCUGUCUUCUCCAAAACAUUUCUCCAGGGGAUUAUAUAAUUGAGCUGGUAGAUGACACUAACACAACAAGAAAAGUGAUGCAUUAUGCGUUAAAGCCAGUGCAUUCCCCAUGGGCCGGGCCCAUCAGAGCUGUGGCCAUCACUGUGCCCCUGGUUGUCAUAUCAGCAUUUGCAACGCUCUUCACUGUGAUGUGCCGCAAGAAGCAACAAGAUGAGGAGAGCUCUGAGUCCUCCACAUACACUGCUGCACUCCCCAGAGAGAGGCUGUGGCCGCGCCCCAAGGUCUUCCUCUGCUACUCCAGUAAAGAUGGCCAGAAUCACAUGAACGUCGUCCAGUGUUUUGCCUACUUUCUUCAGGACUUCUGCGGCUGUGAGGUGGCUCUGGACCUUUGGGAAGACUUUAGCCUCUGCAGAGAAGGGCAGAGAGAAUGGGUCAUUCAGAAGAUCCACGAGUCCCAGUUCAUCAUUGUGGUGUGUUCCAAAGGCAUGAAGUACUUUGUGGACAAGAAGAACUAUAAACACAAAGGAGGUGGCAGAAGCUCUGGUAAAGGGGAGCUCUUCCUGGUGGCUGUGUCAGCCAUUGCUGAAAAGCUCCGCCAGGCCAAGCAGAGUUCAACUGGGGCACUCAGCAAGUUCAUUGCUGUCUACUUUGAUUAUUCCUGCGAGGGAGACGUCCCCUGCAUCCUGGAUCUGAGCACCAAAUACAAACUCAUGGACAACCUCCCUCAGCUCUGCUCCCAUCUGCACUCCGGAAACCACAGUCUCCAGGAGGCUGGUCAACAUCUGGGACCUGGCAGCAGAAGGAACUACUUUCGGACCAAAUCAGGCCGCUCCUUGUACGUAGCCAUCUGCAAUAUGCACCAGUUUAUAGACGAGGAGCCUGACUGGUUUGAGAAGCAGUUUGUACCCUUCCAUCCUCCCCCACUGCGCUGCCAGGAGCCAGUCCUGGAGAAGUUUGACUCAGGCUUGGUUUUAAAUGAUGUCAUCUGUAAAGCAGGGUCAGAGAGUGACUUCUGCCCAAAGGCCGAGGCGGCUGCUCUUGGGGCCACUGGACCCGCAGACUUGCACCCACUCCAGGAGAGUCAGCAUGCAGGCCUGGAGCCUGACACCGAGGCCCGGCCAGCCCAUGAUGGCAGCUCCUGCCUCCCGCCCCUGCUGCAUGCGGUUAAAGUCGGCAGCUCUUCAGACAUGCCUCGAGACUCGGGCAUCUACGACUCUUCAGUGCCCUCAUCCGAGCUGUCUCUGCCUUUCAUGGAAGGACUCUCCCCCGACCAGACAGAAACAUCUUCCCUGACUGAGAGUGUGUCCUCCUCCUCAGGUCUGGGUGAGGAGGAUCCUCCAACCCUUCCUUCCAAGCUCUUUGCCUCUGGGGUGUGCAAAGCAGAACUUGGUUGCCGCAGCUACACUGAUGAACUCCACACGGUUGCCUCUUUGUAAUGAAAUGGAAGAGUCUAAGCAUUGCCACUUUAGCUACCGCCUCUCUCUGGUUCCCCAGCUCAUCUCUGUGGUUGUGUGUUCUAUCUGCUUGGAGCUGAGGGCUCAUACAAGGAUAUUUGGAGUGAAACUCUGGCCAGUAUUUGCUCCCUUCUCUCAGUCCCAGAACCUCUAGCCAAAUGUCUUAGCAUGUUUUCUAAACCAUAUGGAGCUCUGAAAGGCAUGUCCAUAAGGUCUGACAGUAACUUGCUAUGUUAGGUCAAUCUAUGGAGCAGAGCCUGUUCUGGGAGGUAGGGAGGAAACAGCUAAAGAGAAACAGGGAGAUACCUGCACUGAUCAUUCAGACUUCAUUGAACUCUGCAGUUUGCUUAUUAACUUUUGGCUACUUCGAUUUGAAAUACUUUGUGGGAAAAGCACUUUUAAUGUCAUUACAGCUCCAGAAAUCAAGUGCCACUCUAUCUGGAGUCCAUGCCCUAUUGCAGAUGAUCUUCCCAUCUGUUUUUGAUGUGGGACCUACAAUGCCAUGAGUGUUAAAUAAGUUGUGAGUCAAAGGUCAAGAAAGUGACUGAAUAUCUAGUCAUUUUUUUAUAAAACUGAUCUCUGUGCAUUACUGAGUAACAUGGCUGGUAAAGAUGGGGACCACAGAACAGGAUGACUGUGUUGACCAUUCCUCUGAAAUGGGUUGGCCAACUUGCAGAAGAUGCCAGAACCUCAGCUAGGGUCUGAGUAGUCAUCAUAUGUGAGCUGCCUACCACGACUGUCACCCAGCUGGGCUGUAUUGUUGGAAAUUGUAGUUCAUGCUUUGGUUGGCCUUCUGGUCUAAGUCUGUGUCCUGGGCAUUAGGGAUCGAAUUCACUGACACAAAACAGUGUGCGGAGGGGUGGCCAGUAAAUUUGUUGAACUGGUUUUGACUGAUGACAAACCUCUUUUAAAGAAAAUAGAAAGGAGGGGACUGUCACAACAGUAUAUGUUCUAUUUUUUUUUUAUGAACGGUUUCUCUACAGAAUUUGUUUCCAAAGGGAAAAUACUUGUGUGUGUUGAUUAGCAUGGAUGGAAACCCUUGCCCUCCCUAUGCCCUGGAGCAUCCGGGCCCAAGCAUCUUUCCCCACCUUUCUCAUAGGUGCUGUUGGAUUUUGACAUUCAAACUGGGAAGGGGGAUGCUAAGAAAGAU